UUGUAAGUACUAUAUAUAUUUUUCAAUAUAUCAAUCAGGUCAAGAGCAAUUAUCAUAAAAUGUCACGACCAGAUAAUGCAGAUGCAUUGGAAAAGCAAUUAGCUAAUCUCCAAAUGAGCAAGGAAUCCAAUGUUCAAGGAAAAAUCAAGAAGGUACCACCAGCUGUGCCACCCAAAAAGAAGGCCCAACCACAAGUUCCUCAUAGUGCUGUUGUUAGCACACUUCGUGAACCAUUGUUUUCUGCAAAGAUUUCUCCUGUUUUAAAUAAUAACCCUCAUACGUACAGUAACACUAUUUCCAAUCAACCACAAACUUAUAAAGACUUCACAAAUACCAGGCAUCCAAUGGGGACACCAUCAAAAACUUACAACCCUACUUAUAGCAAUGUGCCACCAUUCAGAAAAAAUGGCAAUAAUGUACCAUCACCUCCUCCACCUCCCCCUCCACCUUCUCUUCAAAACUUGCCAUCUAAAUGUUUUAAUGAUAAUGAAGAAUAUUUACCACCGCCAUCUCCAGUCAGCUCUAACUACAGCGAAUUAGCCAGAGCUACAGCAAAUAUAAAUUAUAUACAAGAAAGGCCAUUUCAGCAAGAGAGACCUUAUGCACAUAUUUAUCAAAAUGAAUAUCCAGAAUAUGGAGUUUCCCAGGCUUCUAUGUAUGAAUCAAUAUACGAGCCAAUUAACCCACGCCCCCAAAGUAAUUUAUCAACUUCAUUAGGAACACAAGCUUUUCGAAAUAAUAUACCUACGACAAAUAAGUCUCCUUUACCCAAGGAAGAAGAAGUUGAUGCACUUACAAAUCUUCUCGUUAAAUCAAUUGCCGAUAGUCAAGAUUUAGAUGUAUUUGGUGUAUGUAUCAAAUGUAAUGAAAAAGUAAUAGGUGAAAGUUCAGGCUGUACAGCUAUGGGUAAUAUGUACCACGUAAAAUGUUUUUGUUGUUAUCACUGUAACACUAAUCUACAAGGCAAACCGUUUUACGCUGUAGAAGGGCAACCAUACUGCGAAGCUGAUUAUUACGAAACAUUAGAAAAAUGUUCUGUUUGUUAUAAACCUAUUUUGGACAGAAUUUUAAGAGCUACUGGAAAACCUUAUCAUCCGUCCUGUUUUACUUGUGUUGUUUGCGGAAAAAGCCUUGAUGGAAUACCAUUUACUGUUGAUGCUAUGAACCAAAUACAUUGCAUAGAUGAUUUCCAUAAAAAAUUUGCUCCUCGCUGUUGCGUUUGUGAGCUCCCUAUAAUGCCUGAAGAAGGUGAAGAAGAAACAGUAAGAGUAGUUGCUUUGGAUCGUAGCUUUCAUGUACGGUGUUAUAGGUGUGAAGACUGUGGUCUCUUAUUGUCGUCAGAAGCUGCAGGUAGAGGUUGUUAUCCGCUAGAUGGCCGAAUACUUUGCAAAAAUUGCAACGCUCACCAGAUUCGUAUGCUUACCAAUGUCAUGACAACAGAUUUAUAAAACUGCGAAUUUCUUUUAUGUGCAUAUUAUUCAUAUCAAUAGGUAUUUAUGACGUAGUCUCUAAAAUGUUAGAAUCUUGCAAUAGGUAUUCAAAACCUUAUUUAAUGGGUACUAUAAUGACAUUUUAAAAAAAAAAUAUUUUUAUACAAUGUUUUUCUUGAAAGCGUAUGUAUUUUAAAGUAAAACAUAAGUAAUUGUAAAAAAAAACUCAGUAGUUAUCCAAUGACAAUAAGAAUAUUUAUUACUUUCGUUAUUAUAAUAAUAAAAUGUGAUAAUUAAGAAUACAAUAUUUAUCGCUACCAACUUAUUUAUAAAAAUGCAUUAUGAAUGCUGUAGGUAAACAAUGUAAUUUAAAAAUUUCACAAUAUAAUUUGUGACAUCUAGCGUAGAGAUAUAUCUUACAAUUAAUUAUGUACUAACAUUAAGAAAAUAAUAGAUUUUUGUCUUUGCCUGGGCCGUUAAAGUGUAAUGACAGCUACGCAUUUAAAUCCUUUUAUGAAUUAUAUUAAAGUUGUAUUAUAAUACAGAAGUGGUUUUAUUUAAAAACCCGAUUAAAGAUCUUUUUAUUUUAGGUAAAGGUACAUUACAUCACGUAAUAUUUCAUGACUUAAAAGUCGCUUUCCUGCUAAA